UGAUCUAUUCACACUGCAGCACAGACUCUACUCUCACCUUUCCAUGUUUUAGACAUGCUGUGCUGGAUUCCCUGCUUCUUUCUGGGCUUUUUAUUUUGGGGCUCAGCUCAUGGGGUUCCCCAGACAAACGCCCGCCCCGACGUCACAGACCAGGAGCUGUUCUGGGGUUCUGACCAGUACGACUUUGCUAUAGUGCUUCCUGCUGCUGGGUUGGAGUGUUUCUGGCACUUUGCUCACCAUGGAGAGAGAUUUUACUUGAACUUCAUGGUCCAGUGGGUGAUGGGAGUCGGUCAUGACAGACACCUGUCUGUCACCGUCAACGCUCCGAGUGAUCUGUUGCUGUCUACUAUUGAUGAUGCAAAAGGCCAGAUCAACUUUGAGGCUGCAGAAUCAGGUUUCUAUCAGAUGUGCUUCAGCAACUUCCACAACCGCUUUGGCGCGAUGCAGAUUUCCCUCAGCUUUGGUGUUUACUAUGACACCUACCAAGAUCCCUCAAAGAGCGAGGAGGAGGAGAAGAAGAAGAAGGAGGAGAUCAGCAAAGAGCUGAACAACACACUGAGCGUCAUCGAGAUUACGACCCACAAAGUGGAGACCUACGUCUUUCACAUGUUCCGGUACUACGGCUUCAGCCGAAUGAGAAAGAGCGUCGACUACUUCCUGCUGCAGUCCAACUCAAAGUACAUCACCUGGUGGUCGAUGGCCCUCAGCCUCCUCAUCGUCACCUCUGGGUACCUGCAGCUACUCUUCCUCAAAAGCCUCUUUGUCAGCAAUACCGGCACAGAGGGUGAGAAACCUCGAUGCUGAUAGACUCAAACGAAAACCAAAAGAAAAAGAAUUAAAAAAAUAAAAAUGUCUGGAUUUGUGUGGAGGAACAGCAGACACGAACGAAUUCAAAAGCAGUGAUGAUUCCUUCUCCUUGAAUGAAUAAAUAUUAGAAAUAAUCAUGUUAA